AUGUCAGAGCCGGUGAAAACCGCGAUGGAAACAUCUGCCGAUAAUAAAUCUGUGGAAACUGAAGAUGCUGAGAAUGUGCUGGCAAACGCGUCUACUAAAGUAAAUGAUAGCCAGAGCUUUACACUUACAGACUUUGAUUGCUCGCAGCAGUCUUUAAUUGCUGAUAGUGAACUCAAGGACAAAGAGGAAUUGCCGGCAAAAGCGCGGGAGCACGACGCGGUCCAAGAUGGUGGAGCUGCUGAAGAUUCUGGAGCAAAGACUCCGGGAAUUACCGAGGACAAUAACAAGGAUAAUAAAAAUGAGAAAAUCGAAAAAAUUGAGAAGAUGGAGGAAGAAAUUUUAGAGACUCCUACGGAUGAACGCGUGUCGCCAUUGAAAAGGCCGAUGGCCAAGAGAAAUGGGUCUGAAGAGCCUGUUGCGAAAGUACAAAAAAUAGAAAGUGAUGCUGCUCCAGAGUCGCUUGACUGUGAGAAUUCUCUGGGAGACCAGAUUUCUGAGGAAGAUAAUAAGGCUAAAGCUAAGGCAAAAGAAAAAAUUGGAGAUGCCAACGAAAAUACUGUCAAAGCCCUUGAAGAGGUCCUGGAGAAAGACAUCGCAGACAAUGGUGAAACACUUCAGGAACUAUCCCAGGCGCUGGAGAGUGUCUUGGAAGACAAAAAGCUAGAGGAAGACGAGGCUAAAGACACAGUACCCAGUGAAUUAAUUGCUAAAUCUAGCGUUGAAGUUUCAAAAAAAUCAAGACAGAGUAUAGAAGUUAUUUUUGAUAAAUCUUUAGCGCCAACGAAGCCUAAAGAAGUUGUCGAGCUGGACGAGGACGGGGAGAAAAUAGUCCUUGAUUCUUCUCAGGAAGAUGAAGCCUCCCAGGGCUCGGACUCCAAUACAAUUGUCAAUAAAUCAAAAAUAUCAAACGGGACUAAUUCAACAAAAAGCUCCGAGAGUGAUCGAACUGCCAGUGUUCCCUCGGAUUUAAGUGACGAAUCAGUAAAAGUAGAUAUCAUUGUCAAGGAUAACGUUCCAGUGGUGACACUGCCCAGCGAUAAUGAAGCUGACAUUUCAAUCGAUGUUAAAAAAAUUAAAACAGUGGAAAAAGAAUUCACUGUAAUUGUAAAGGUAAAAUGCCUGCUGCACGUUGAUAGUCAGAAUUAUAAAGAAUGCGUCAGUAAGGAAGUUACUUCAGUUUAUUGCGACAAUUAUGGGGAACAUCACUUACCGCCCAGCCGUAUCAACAGCGACAUAUCUAACAUGGCAGACGUCUCGGCAUCUGAUACUAAAGACCCGACUUCUCCGUCAUCAGUGACCAGCAAUACUCAGCUUCCUUACGCAUUACCAGGUAGCCGUCACUCUAUUAUAUCAACAAUAAGUUCUUCCAGUUCUUCCUCGUACGCGUCUUCGGUCAAGUCUAACGAAUCUUCAACGAAGUUAAAUCCAUUUUCUUUGCCUCGAGGAUUUGCAAAGCAUGCCAAAAAAGGAGACAUGAAUACAAUCGAUGAAAGUUCCGAGUCUCCGAAGCAUGUUGGAUGGCGCAAUGUUGACUUGAUCACAACCAGCGUGGUAGAUCAUUUGAACCAUGAAAUAGCUAUCAAUGACCUGUCUGCUCACAAUGGCAGCAGCAAUGACAUUGGCUCCCUGACCAGGAUCACUUCCUCGACUCCGGAGACUAAAGUUUUGUCGACUCCCAAGAGCAGUAAAAAAGGAAAAGUUGUUAAGAGGACCAAAACUCGCAGCACCAGGUCAAGGGCUAAUGGAGCCACCAAGGCUGCCGCUGAAGAAGCUAUUUAUUUGCAAGAAGAAGGACAAAAACGACAGAAGGAGAAAGAAAAGGAGAAGGAGAAGGAGAAGGAGAAAGAUAAAAUCAACUCGAAUGUUUCUACGCCCAGCAGAGCCAGCUCUAGAUCUUUGAGCAUUCUCAGGAAUCAAGCGCCUGUUAGCGACGAGGAGUCUGACAGUCGUAUUGGCAAAAUCUGCUUUGCUAAAUGGUCUGACGGGACUUUUUAUCCAGCGACAAUUGUCAGUAAAAAUAAAACAAAGUUAAAAGUUGUUUUCUUUGAUGAAAAAAGUAAGGUAGUCGCUGAAAAUUUUGUGUAUGUUGUCAUGGACACACUGUCGCCAAAUACUUUAGUCCACGCGAUGGUAGUUGACAAAAAAGAAAAGUAUGACACUGCUGGAGUUAUCCAGAGAGUUGAGAAAAUUGAUGACGAAAUUUGGUACCACGUGGACACUGAGGACAAGGGAAGGGUACGUAAUACGACAAAAGAUUUAUUUUUAACCCCAGACCAAUUCAAAAUUCUAAAAGAAACCGAGCUGGUGAAUCCCGAAGCGACUCCACAUUUUGAAAAAAUAACUUUGGACAAUGUAAUCGAGGGAUCUCGAAGACAAAAGACUAGUCCGUCGGCGUUGAGGUCACGGGGACAGUCUCAGAGCACGAGUGGAAGCAAACCUUCAAUUUCAGAGAAAAAAAGCUUUGAUACUUCUGACUCAGACGCCAAAAACGAAGAUGUCACUGAACUGGGUGAGAUAAACCCGGAAAUUGCAGGAAUUUCGAGCGCGUCUACGUCCAAAGGUCCGUCUAGCAGGAUCAAGGGUAAGGGAAAAAGCAAGAAGAAGGCUGAUGAUGAUGAUGAGACUAUUAAUAAGUUCGGACCAAUCCCCCCGGCUGGGUCGACUCUGUUCAAGGGAAUGAAUUUUAUAUUGACUUGUGCGCCACUGGAGAGUAUUGACGCCAUAAAACAAGCCAACCCGGUGUCGAGUGAGUACUCUGAAGAAGAAACUGAUUACGAGCGCGAGUGGUCGAGCAUUCCAUUCCUAAGAGAGAGAUUGGUGGAUCAAAUUACCGCUGGUGGCGGGCAUGUCUACAACUCGUUUGAUGAAAUCCCACCAGCUGAGUACAAAAAGACCAAGCUUAUCACCAACGUUCCUAACAUCACAGCCACUAGCUUGCUGUGCCUCUCGGUAGGCAUAAUGCCCUACAAUCAUCAGUGGAUCAUCACGUCUUGCAUUGCCAAUAAACUCGGCAGUCCCGAAGCGUCUGAGCUGCCUGCUGGGUACAGCAUCAGGCUAGGAGACUACAUCAAGAACCUUGAACGCCAAGGUAACAUGCCUUUCGAACAUCUCAAAGUCGUGAUACCAAAGAUAUCAGUCUCGGAGUCGUCAGUAGACUUUUGGAAGCGUGUCAUUGAAAACGCUGGAGGUGUUGUCCAGUUGAUCGAGUCACCCAAAGAUGAAUUUUUCGACGCAACUGUCGUGGUGACCAAUCAAAAUUGUCCGGGUUGGGUCGAGGAUAAGGCUGCUAAUUAUGAUGUUCCUCUGGUGUCUACUACCUGGGUUGUACAGUGCAUCAUCGAAGGCGCUACUGUUCCAGGUUUGGAAGAACGCUGUAAACACAAAAAACAAAUCACGGAGACAUCAACAAAUUCAUCAUAA